AAUCGCUUCAAAGUCAAAUUUUGUUCCCUUGAAUCUUUCCAUUUUGGAAAUAGAAUAUCGGCGAAGGAGUUCAUGGAUGCGGUGGGGUUUAUCUGAUUCAGUCGCAACAAGUGCUUGCCGUUGGACAGUACAGUAAUGCACCUACCUAGGUACCCAAUUGUAUCCAACAUGGCCGACCCUAACCCCGCAACCAUGAUAUUCCCAGUUGGAAGCUCCCCGCAUACCUUGACAAACGCAAUAGGCCUUUACGUCACGUAGAAGAUUCAUCAAGCAUUAAGCUGGCGAGCACAGUCUCUUCUUCGGUUAUAUAUGCGAAGAUAAUAGUCGGAGCUGGCCCACAAGAUCUGGUUCUUAACCCUCCCCUUUUCGCGCCUCAACAACUCCAAAGAGAGCAGCAACCCGUACAUACCUAAGGUAGUUAGCAUACGGGACUUAAAACUGCCUCAAAUCAACCGCCCAAAAUGCUGCACGUGGACUCGCCCAACGAGCCCUUCCCGGACCCCAGCCAGCUCGCGCAGGCGACCAAGGUGCACCGGCAGGGCAACUUUGAGAUCUCAUCCCGCAAGCUCCCCAUCUCCAAAUCCGGGCCCAUCGACGCCAUGUCGGCCCGCAUCGGCAUCCCCGUUCCCGAGAUGAUCUUUGGCGACAACCUCGUCUCGGUGCGUCACGUGCCCUCCGGCUGGACCAUGUCCUUCUCCGCCGAGGCGGCACUGGACCGCGUCGAGAAGACGGCCAAGGGCAUGCUGCAGGUCGCGUACGCUGGUGCCUGGUCCAGCUCGCGCGAGAACACGAGCGGCAUAAAGGAGGUCGUACACCCGUUCGACUGGAGUUACAGCACCGACUACCGCGGCACCGAGGAGCCGCCCAGGCUGGCGCCCAGCAGCGAUAAGCAGAUCCCCAUCGAGCUGCUCAAGCGACGGGAUCCGAUCCUGUUCUUUGACGAGGUGGUCCUGUACGAGUCGGAGCUGGACGACAAUGGCGUGUCAAUCUUUAGCGUCAAGGUCAGGGUCAUGGAGCACCGCAUGCUGCUGCUCGCUCGUCUGUACAUGAGGCUGGACAACGUCGUCGUUCGCGUGCGGGACACACGGCUCUACGUCGAUUUCGAUACUCAGGAGGUCAUUCGCGAGUACACGGCCAAGGAGGACAGCUUUGCUACUGUCAAGCAGGGUCUCAUGCUGCAAGGGUUGGUCCCGGAUACUAUCACCACGGCAUUCAGGGAUGCAAACCAAAUAGCAGAGCACGUUCGUGUUGUAGAUCAUCAAGUGGACUAUGCAAGCUUCUCAUGAGUCAUUUACAAGAACCUAUGCGUUUGAUCGAAAGAACAGACGAGAGUUGAAGUACUUUUGCAUGCAAUGUUUCCCAGGGUGAUUUUCAUCUUGAUGUAGGCGUGGGCGUUCAGGCGUUAUGAGUCAAGGUGACGG